AACAACAAUCGCAAACAGAACAAGAUGGUGACGAUGUUCUGACAGAAAAGCAAUGAUUUCCGGAUUGUAUUUCCUUACUCAAAACCUCGUAUCUAGCAGCCCUGUUUUCAGUUAAGAUUGAAGAACCACGUUACGAUGCAACAUGGAGGAAAUCUAGUCUUAAUGUUAUUUCUUUUAACCUGUGGAGGAUCCUUUCAGAAAGGUUUAGCAGAACCAAUAAAAACAGAGAAGUCUGUGUUAGCAGCAGAGGGAGAAGAUGCUCCUCUCAGCUGUCAGCUCCUGGAAACUAAAGAUGUCCAACAGGUCACCUGGCAGAAGGUCUUGGAGACAACAGAGAAGAACAUCUGCACCUACAGCGAGUAUUUUGGUGAAACUGUGGAUCCUGACUUUAAAGAAAAGGUUCAGUUUACAGAAGUUGGACUACAGAAGUCCUCCAUAGUUAUUAAGAGUGUUACAGAGCAGGAUGAAGGAUGUUAUCUCUGUUUGUUCAACAUCUACCCUGAUGGAGCUCUGACAGCUGGGACCUGUCUGAAUGUUUAUGAGCUGCAUGAACCCAUCCUUGAUGUCAGAAAAUCAAACUCUCCUGCAGAGUCAGUUGUGUCCUGUUCAGCCACAGGUCGACCUGCUCCCUCUGUAACACUGACUGUUCUCCACCAGAACCUCAGCUUCUCCCAGUACACCUCCACCAGUGUGACCAACAGCAACGGUACGGUCACCAUCACCACCACAGCUCUGCUGUCAGCUUUCAGCAGCACAGAGGUUGGAUGUUCAGUGUCAGUUCUCUCUGCUGCUCCCAGAGAGCUGCUGGUCACCGUUCCUGGACUCACAGAGACGUCUGAAGAUGGUUUAGAUGAACAAUCUGGAUUAAUCAUUGAUAAGAGGCAAGAGUCUAAAUAUCUGAUUUUCAACUCCAUCCUGGUUGUAGUUUUUCUAAUUCUGGCCUGUCUUUGUGGUCUUGCAAUCACGGCCCACUGGAAACAUAAAAAAGGCAAAAACAGGGACCCUGAGAAGAACAAAACACCACUAAAAUCAACCCAUAUACCGGGGAUCAAAACACCAAUAAUGACAACGAGGAAUGAGAUCAGACAGCGAAUACCUGCCAGGAAAAGUCCAGAAAAAUACAGCAUUGAAGGUUCACCUUCAGUGUCAAAAAAACUGUUCGAUGACGACAAACCUUACAGUUCAACAUGAGACUUAAAGGUCCAGUUUUUUGGGGAAAAGUCUUAAAACCUGAACAUUUCUUAUUUUUCUUUGGUUUUCAGCGCAAGUCUAACAGCAGAACAACCUGUUUAAAUCCCAAUAUUAUGAAGUGAUUUAUUGCUUCAUUGUUGAGGAUAUAAAGAUUUUAUUAUGGGAAAAUAGCUCUUAGCAUCUUUUAGUGCUUAAUUGUGAUUUUUUAAAGAAAAAAAUGCAUGUUUAUCAAGAUGUUUUGCAGAUAAAACUAUGGAAAGUGUGGAUUGCAUUUGUUUUCAGCCCUUUUGAGUCAAUACUCGUUAGAAGCACCUUUUACUGCAGUCUCCACCAGCUUUGCACAUUCAUCUCUGCAAAGCAGCUCCAGCUCAGUCCAGUUGGAUCUGACAAAUGCCAUAAGAGCUCAGAAGCUCACCAAAUGUAUUAAUAAAUGUCUUUUUUUCCUGUUUUUUCUGAUAUAACUGUAUAGGUAUGUCCAAUAUAAAACCGCCUAUAAGUGCUGUUUAGUAACACUCUUCAGAGAGAGCAAAGUGUACAUUUUUCAGAUUUUUAUUUGUGAAAAUUAUUUUGAAAAACCUACAAUUUAUAUAAAAUCCCAUUAAAUCAACUGAAGUUUGUGGUUAUGAUGUAACACAGGGAUGUAAAUACUUUUGAAACUUAAUAUAAAAGUAAUCUAAAAACAUUUUAAUGUGUUUUCAUGAGUAAUUUUGACACAAAUGCCAUAAGAGCUCAAAAGCUCACCAAAGGUAUUAAUAAAUGUCUUUUUUUCUUGU